CAACUCGUUUCCCCUAUCUUGAAAGACGCUCCCGAUAAACCCUAAUUCGCAUCCCGGCAGUUCGGACCAAAAUUCUUCUUUUAACUUCCAACUGAAUUCGGACCAAGGUGAGCGAUUCGCCAAUUGUUUUCAUUCCGGUCUUUCUCGCUUCGCAUUGCGGUUUCAAUAAAUCUCAAAAUUUUGAAGAAUGGAGGCUUGUUGAGGCGCAUUUGGAGUGCGUUUUCCCCAUUCUUGCAAUGCGGCGUUGAGUAUUUGAUGAUUUAUGGAGUAUAUUGCGUUUUAAUCUGUACAUGACAUGCUUUUACUUAACGUCGGAUUGCUCAUUUAGCAAUAGAACUGCCUUUUGUAAUGGAGAGGCUGUGGAGUGGUUCUUUUGGUGCCUCUUUGCUGUCUAUUUGGAAAAGAGUUUCUGUUCAAUGCUUGUGCAAUGGAGAUAAUGAGCGGGAUUCCAAAAAGGACUUUUCUUGACUAAGUGUGGGGGAGAUUGAGGUUAACUGGUGGCAAAGAUGGAUGGAUUAUUAUCUGGUGGCUUAGUUCCCAAGCGGUCUUUGAGAAAGAAAGCAGCUAUGAAGAAUUACAAUGAGAACUUGAUUGAUGAGGUCAUAGAUUCACACUUGGGUGGUGCGUCGAGGAAAAGGAACAGGACGACGCAGGAUUUGGAGAAAGAGACCGAAACUGAGGCCAUGAUGGCUAUAUCUCUUGGCUUCCCAAUUGAUGCGUUGCUCGAAGAAGAGAUUCGGGCUGGAGUGGUGAGGCAGUUGGGUGGCAAAGAGCAAAAUGACUACAUCGUUGUAAGAAACCAUAUACUGGCUAAGUGGAGGAAUAAUGUACGGAUGUGGUUGACGAAAGAUAGGAUAAGAGAGACCGUCAGUAGUGAAUGCGAGCACUUGAUUUGUUCAGCCUAUGAUUUCCUUUUAAACAAUGGGUAUAUUAACUAUGGUAUCUUGCCUACAAUGCCUGAAGAAGUUGUUGAAGGGUCUGUUAUAAUCGUGGGUGCAGGACUUGCUGGGCUUGCAGCAGCGAGACAGCUCCUGUCUUUUGGUUUCAAGGUGCUUGUUCUAGAGGGUAGAAAUAGGCCCGGGGGCAGAGUCUAUACUCAAAAGAUGAGUCAGAAUGGUGAUUUCGCAGCUGUGGAUCUUGGUGGCAGUGUGAUUACAGGCAUUCAUGCUAAUCCUCUUGGGGUUCUUGCUAGGCAACUCUCUAUUCCUCUUCAUAAGGUCAGAGAAAAAUGCCCUUUGUAUAGACCUGAUGGCACACCUGUCAAUGAGAAAACCGAUUCCGAGGUUGAGUUCAUCUUUAACAGAUUGCUGGACAAGGUCAUGGAAUUGAGACAAAUAAAGCAUGGUUUUGGGCAUGAUAUCUCUUUGGGCACUGUCUUGGAGACACUGAGGCAAUUGUAUGGCGUGGCGAAAAGCAAAGAGGAAAUGCAACUUCUUGAUUGGCACUUUGCAAACUUGGAAUAUGCCAAUGCUGGAUGUCUUUCAAAUUUGUCGGCAGCAUACUGGGAUCAGGAUGAUCCUUAUGAAAUGAGCGGGGAUCAUUGCUUUCUUGCUGGAGGGAAUGGGAGAUUGGUAAAAGCUUUGAGUGAUGGAGUUCCUAUAUUCUAUAACAAGAUUGUCAAUAUGAUAAGAUACAACGAUGAUGGGGUUGAGGUAAUUGCUGGGAAUCAAGUUUUCCAAGCAGAUGCAGUCUUAUGCACCGUACCGCUUGGUGUUUUGAAGAAACGAACCAUAACAUUUGAGCCAGAAUUACCUCCAAGGAAGCUUGAAGCAAUUGAAAGGUUGGGCUUUGGAUUAUUAAAUAAAGUGGCGAUGGUUUUUCCUUAUGUUUUCUGGGGAGAAGAUCUGGAUACAUUUGGUUGUCUCAGUGAAGAGGGCCAAAACCGAGGAGAGUUCUUUCUGUUCUAUAGUUAUCACACAGUGUCAGGUGGUCCCGUACUUAUUGCACUUGUGGCCGGAGAAGCUGCCCAAGCAUUUGAAUACAUGGACCCAUGCACUUCACUCAGUCGUGUGUUGAGUAUACUCAAAGGUAUAUAUCGUCCGAAAGGCAUUGACGUGCCUCACCCCAUACAAUCGAUAUGUACAAGAUGGGGAAGCGAUCCUCUCUCUUAUGGUUCAUAUUCCCAUGUAAGAGUGAACUCGUCUGGUAGAGAUUAUGACAUACUUGGAGAGAGCGUGGGGAACCGGCUUUUUUUUGCUGGGGAAGCCACAAGUAGGCAGUACCCAGCCAGCAUGCAUGGUGCCUUCUUGAGUGGCUUGAAAGAAGCUUCGCACAUUUCUCAUGCUGCCAGGGAUUGGGAAACCACUUCGAGAAAGUUUGUGCAGAGAAAUAUCGGGGCAAGCAGUGAUUUGCUGGUGGAUCUGUUCCUGAAGCCUGAUUUAGCAUUUGGGAAUUUCAUGGUCAUUUUCGAUCCUCUAAAUGAUGACCCAAAGUCAAUGGCCAUACUGAGAGUUAACUUUGACAAUAAUAAAAUCAGUUUGCCUGGCAAUUUAAAUAGCUUCCAUGAGCACUCUGCUAAUGGACCGUCGCCACUUUACACAGUACUAACAUGCGAACAGGCUCAGGAUCUACAUUUAAUGAGUGGAGGGGAUGACAGCAGAUUAUCGUACUUGACUAAGACACUCUGUUUGAAGUUAAUGGGCCUUAGUGCAGCGGUAAAUUUUGCUAGCUACUUGAUUAGUAACAUUGCCAGUGCCCGGAGAAUUAUGGGCAAGGGUCGUCUUUCCUGUGGAUAUAAGAACAAUGUACAUACUUAGCUAGCCCUUGGUAGGUACCCUGCCAAUUUUUUUCCUUACAUAGAGAUUUGGCAAGGAUUUUAUUUAUCGAUUUUAGGAGACACCAAAAUUUGUUUGCAGUCUGAAGAACACUGAUUAGGUCUGCUAAUCGAUUUUUUGCGUCUGAUUUCGAAGAUGUAAUCACUGAAAAACGUGCCUGUGAUGUGUUUUGGAGUAGCUCAGACGAUGUAUUACUCGCAUUUGCAGAGGAGAAUCUUGCUGGACUCUUGGGGCACCUGUUCAUCCUGGUCGAGCUUCACAGUAGGUGCUUUUGUGCUUUUAUCUAGCCUUUUUUGUCUCUGCAAAAUGCAGUUGUGUGUACACUUUUGUAUUUUGUUUGUAAAAGUGUCGAUGGCUGAUGUUUAAGAGACGGUUGAUUUCUCACAAUUUUUAUGAUUUGGUGAGAGAAAUCUCCAUUACAGAAGGCUCUUUCUUCAUGACUUGUUAAUGUCCAUUGAAUGUCUCUCUGUUUCUACUGAA